AUGGCGUCGUCAGUGACGCGGAUUCGGAGGGUGGAUUCCGCGGGUUUGGAGUUCUCAGCGGCUGCUGAUUGGACGUUGGUGGAGGUGGCACCUUUGGAUGUUUUUUGGGUGGACCUGCAUUCUCUUUAUGGCCUUGAAAAGAUCUCUGACAGGCAUGUGGUGGUCAAGCUCUCUGCCCCUGGUCCAUAUCAGCGCUUCCAGUUUGGCCCACCUGGCCCGUUAGUGUCUGAUGCGGCAGCCUCGCUUCCUGUGCACGUCAUCACUGCGGAGGUUUAUCGGGAUUCAACUGUUGCUGACGUGGAGUCGGGUACGCCUGUGGCAGCUGCUCCGUCUGGUGUAGGUGGGAGUGGCGAUCCUGCGGGUCCUCCGUGUGGUGUUGCUCCCUCGUCAGGUGGCCGUGCAUCCGACGUGGUUGCUGCUGCUCCGGUGGCGCUGCGUUCCUCUAGUGGCUCUAGAGGGCCUUUCCUGGUCGCGGCGUCGGAUCAGCCCAUCGCUGUUUCCUGCACAACGCCACAACCUUAUUUUACAACCGAGUUGGGAAAUACAGUUGAAAACAUAAUUGCACCAGAGACUCCAGGUUUGAUGAUGGUUGAUCCAACGACACAUAGUAUGGAAUAUCCUGCAGUCAAGGGUCAGCCACCGUCAACGCACAAGUGGACCAGCCUUCAGAUAUUGCAGAUCACUGUCGACUGUUCCCAAAAUAAUUGCCAAGCUUAUCCUUAUGUUCUUGGAAUGAGUCAGGAGUAUUGUGGUUCCAUUAAGGAUCACAAAUUCUUGACGGUGUGGAGGUUCGUUGUUGAGCACACAACACAUCACAGUCAACAGUCAACUCCUUGUCAACCCGACAUAGGUGAGGAUGGCAACAUGGAGGUGACCAACAAGUGUCAGAUGCAGAAUGCUCUCACUCCCCAGCACUUGCAAAAGCAACACGCACAUGUAAGGGAAAAUACAGGGAAAGAGCCCUCCAGAGGACCCCAGAGGGCCCCAGAGGACCCCAGAGGACUCCAGAGGACCCCAGAGGACCCCAGAGGACUCCAGAGGACCACAGAGGACUCCAGAGGACCACAGAGGACUCCAGAGGACUCCAGAGGAUCCCAGAGGACUCCAGAGGACCCCAGAGGACCCCAGAGGACUCCAGAGGACCCCAGAGGACUCCAGAGGACUCCAGAGGACUCCAGAGGAUCCCAGAGGACUCCAGAGGACUCCAGAGGCCCCCAGAGGACUCCAGAGGAUCCCAGAGGACUCCAGAGGACCCCAGAGGACUCCAGAGGACCCCAGAGGACUCCAGAGGACCCCAGAGGACUCCAGAGGACUCCAGAGGACCCCAGAGGACUCCAGAGGACUCCAGAGGAUCCCAGAGGACUCCAGAGGACCCCAGAGGACCUCAGAGGACCCCAGAGGACUCCAGAGGACCCCAGAGGACUCCAGAGGACCCCAGAGGACCCCAGAGGACUCCAGAGGACCCCAGAGGACUCUAGAGGAUCCCAGAGGACCUCAGAGGACCCCAGAGGACCCCAGAGGACCCCAGAGGACCCCAGAGGACCCCAGAGGACCCCAGAGGACCCCAGAGGACCCCAGAGGACCCCAGAGGACCCCAGAGGAUCCCAGAGGACCCCAGAGGACCCCAGAGGACCCCAGAGGACUCCAGAGGACCCCAGAGGACCCCAGAGGACUCCAGAGGACCCCAGAGGACUCCAGAGGACUCCAGAGGACCCCAGAGGACUCCAGAGGACUCCAGAGGAUCCCAGAGGACUCCAGAGGACCCCAGAGGUCCUCAGAGGACCCCAGAGGACUCCAGAGGACCCCAGAGGACUCCAGAGGACCCCAGAGGACCCCAGAGGACUCCAGAGGACCCCAGAGGACUCCAGAGGAUCCCAGAGGACUCCAGAGGACCCCAGAGGACCCCAGAGGACUCCAGAGGACCCCAGAGGACUCCAGAGGACCCCAGAGGACCCCAGAGGACUCCAGAGGACCCCAGAGGACUCCAGAGGAUCCCAGAGGACUCCAGAGGACCCCAGAGGACCCCAGAGGACUCCAGAGGACCCCAGAGGACUCCAGAGGACCCCAGAGAACUCCAGAGGGCCCCAGAGGGCCCCAGAGGGCCCCAGAGGACCCCACACAGAACACCAAAAGAACACGAAAUUAGGAGCAGGGCCUAAAUAA